AUGGUGGUCAAAAGUCUUAAUCAUCUCCCAAUUCCAACUUCCGCAAACAACGGUCCAAGGUCGGUAUCGACCCGUCGAUACGUAGCCGGUGUCGUUUUUGGAAUCUUCUUCUUCUUGCAACUUGGCCGCUACGCAUUUGAUUUGGGCAAAAAUCUUGAUAUUACUGUUGACGAUGUCACCUCUUGGACUCAUAACGUGAAUGCUGCUCACUUUUGUCCUCAAGUCACUGCUCUGUACCCUCAGAGCUCAGUCAAUGCAGAAACUUGGACAGAAUUUGGAGAGUUGCUUGAAACCGAAAAGUUCAAAACUUUGGCGAUUGAGAAGUUGAGUGGGUUGAUUCAGAUUCCAUCCGAAUCUUAUGAUAAUAUGCCUCCGCCCGGCCAAGACCCGCGAUGGGAGACAAUGGGUCAAGUACAUGACUAUUUGGCUGUAGCUUUCCCAUUAAUUCACUCUACAUUUUCCCUUGCUAAAGUCAACACCUAUGGCCUUCUUUAUGAAUGGACUGGCUCCGACGCCUCGCUCAAACCCUAUCUACUCGCCGCUCACCAGGACGUUGUUCCCGUCAACCCCGACACACUCGAUACUUGGAUUUAUCCCCCUUAUUCUGGUUUCUACGAUGCGGAGACAGGACUUAUAUGGGGUAGGGGAACUUCAGAUGAUAAGGCUAGUCUAACGGGGAUCAUGUUGACGCUGGAGACGUUGAUCGGGAAAGGAUGGACGCCAAAAAGGACAGUAGUGCUUGCAUUCGGAUUCGAUGAGGAGUCUAGCGGGAUCCAUGGUGCGAAAACUCUUGGAAAAGCGUUGGAGGAAAUAUACGGUCGGGACGGGCUUGCAUUUAUCGUAGAUGAAGGAGGCAAGAGAGGGUUCAAGGACGUCUAUGGAACGAUCUUUGCUACGCCCGGCGUAGCGGAGAAGGGUCACGCCGACAUCAAGGUGGAAGUCACUUCACCUGGUGGCCAUUCAAGUAUUCCUCCGGCUCAUACGACAAUCGGGUACCUUGCGUCAAUAAUAUCUGAACUUGAACAGAACCCGUUCCCAGUCGAAUUGGCCCGAGGCACAGUACCCCAUGACACCCUCCUCUGCUAUGCGGCACACGGCCACGACAUCUCCCCUCGUCUCAAACAUGCAAUAUUCAAAUCCACUCAUUGCGAUGCAGCUUUGCAUAGAGUCGAGGAUCUCUAUGUCUCAAAAGAUCAUUGGUAUUCUAGCCUUGUUGGUACUACCCAGGCUGUGGACAUGAUAUAUGGCGGUGUCAAGGCGAACGCUUUGCCGGAGAGCGCGUACGCUAUCGUUAAUCACAGGAUUAAUACCGUUAGUUCUGUGAACGAGACAGCUGCUCAUGACACGCAAACCAUCGCCGGUCUCGCUCGGUCCUUCAAUCUCACUCUCAAAGCGUUUGGAGAAGAUAUUAUCCCAGCCUCCGCCUAUUCCUCGUCUGAAUCCAAGGGCCACAUCGAGCUCUCCCAAGCAUUCAACCACGAACUUGAGCCUGCUCCUCGCACGCCUACGUCCGGAAAAGGCAGCGAGCCUUGGGAUUUCUUGAGCGGGACGAUCAAAGCGACGUAUGCUGCUCAUCGAAACCUCGGGGGGGUCGAUGGUAGCAACAUCGUUGUGAGUCCCGGGAUGUCGACGGGGAAUACGGAUACGAAAUACUAUUGGAACCUCACACGACAUAUUUUCCGGUACAACCACAAGAACGGUGCUUACGGAGGAGAAAUCGCUACUGGUGUGCAUACUGUGAACGAAAAUAUUCCCCUCGACCAUUACCUUGAAAUGAUUCGAUUUUUCUCGACACUAAUUCUCAAUGCGGACGAGGCAAAGAGUUUCGAGUGA